UGGCUGCUACAGUUGUCAAUCACGAUGCCCUUGACGCCCACUUCCGGCAGGCGUCAGAAGGCAUAGUGUUUUAGCUUGUGUCCAGGUGAAUUUGACCCUUUUUUUCCAAAGGGCUGCCGUCCGGCUGUCUGGGAUGCUCGGAGAGAGCGGCUGCGCGGCAGGGACCGGGCCGGCGUUGGAAACAUGACCGCUGAGUAACGUCUAGCUCUGCUUUACCCACUAUAACUCAGCAUGAACAGCGAAGAGGAAUUUUUCGACGCUGAAACAGGGCUGGAGUCAGACGAUUCCUGUGAAGUCAGCUUCAAAGAUGCGCUGCUGUUUGACAGGAAGCAGGUGACGGGAAGCAGACAGGAGAAUGGCAUGUGGGAGCGCAGGAAAACUUUGCCAGCUCAAAUGAUUUCCCGGAGCAACUUCAGUAUUUGGAGCAUCCUGAAGAAGUGCAUCGGCAUGGAGCUGUCCAAAAUAGCCAUGCCAGUUGAGUUUAAUGAGCCGCUGAGCUUUCUCCAGAGAAUCUCAGAAUACAUGGAACACACUCACCUCAUCCACAAAGCCUGCAGCUUAUCGGAUUCUGUGGACCGGAUGCAGGUUGUUGCUGCUUUUGCUGUUUCAGCCGUAGCAUCUCAAUGGGAAAGGACAGGAAAGCCGUUUAAUCCCUUGCUGGGGGAGACGUACGAGCUCAUAAGAGAGGAUGAGGGGUACAGGUGGAUCUCAGAGCAGGUCAGCCACCACCCCCCAGUCAGUGCCUUCCAUGCCCAAUCUCUGAAGCAGGAGUUUGAGUUUCACGGCUCCAUCUACCCAAAGCUGAAGUUCUGGGGCAAAAGCGUGGAGGCUGAGCCCAAAGGCACCAUGGUGCUGGACUUACUAAAGCAUAAAGAAGUGUACACGUGGACAAACCCAAUGUGCUGCGUUCAUAACAUCAUCUUGGGUAAACUGUGGAUCGAACAGUAUGGAUCAGUGGAGAUAAUCAACCACAGCACAGGCGAUAAAUGUGUGCUGAACUUCAAACCAUGUGGGAUGUUUGGAAAGGACCUGCACAAAGUGGAGGGAUACAUUCAAGACAAAAGUAAGAAGAAGCGGAGGGUGAUAUAUGGGAAGUGGACAGAGUGCAUUUACAGUGUUGACCCUAAGAGUUAUGACGCCUACAAGAGGGCAGCAGGUGACCCAAAGAGGUUGAAACAGGAGAACAGCUGUGAAGGUGAAGAAGCAGACGAGAUGCCAGAUGUUCAAGAGACUGUAACUGUGAUACCAGGAAGUGCCUUAUUGUGGAGGAUCACGCCACGGCCGGCUCACUCGGCGCAGAUCUACAACUUCACCAGCUUUGCUGUGACGCUGAAUGAGCUGGAGCCGGGGAUGGAGAAGCUUCUGGCCCCAACAGACUGUCGGCUGAGGCCAGACAUCAGAGCCAUGGAGAACGGAGACAUGGAACUGGCCAGUGCAGAAAAAGAACGUUUAGAGGAGAAACAGAGGGCAGCACGGAGGGAACGGUCCGAAGAAGAAGAGACGUGGUCGACAAGGUGGUUCCAGCUGGGAGUAAACCCCCACACAGGAGCAGAGGACUGGUUCUACACAGGGGGAUACUUUGACAGGAAUUACUCCGACUGUCCCAACAUUUAUUGACGCGUCGCUUGCGUCGGAUAGCAUUCACUUCGGUUUUUUUUUUUUAAUAGCAUCUUAGAUUUGCCAUGGUAUGACGGUUGCUGCGUCUUUGCGAUAAUCCCCAUGGAUUUCUGCUCGUCGGAUUAUCGACCAAACUCGCUCGGAAAAACGUUCGUAUGAGAGAAUUUAAAAAAAACAAAGCACAAAAUGUAAACGUAUUUCAUUGUUAGUCUGAAGACAAAUAUCAAUCAGCUUCUGAGAGCAGACGGCAGUGUGCUGUCUGGAGUUGAGCUGCUGCAGGACACAAAGAAAUUGUUUCACUGGAGAUCAAGUUCUCAGCUGUUGCGUAGGCGUUCCACACACUUCAUACUGCAUUCAGAUAUCAAGGGUUACUUAAAAAUCCAUAAGCCACCUUUGUCUAACCAACCCAGAAAUGAGAUGUUUAUUUUAUUUAACCGGCACUAAAAUGUGUAGUUUUUUUUUCUGUGAAUAGAGACCUAACGGUAGAAGCUAAAGCUGCUUGUAAUUAAGUUUACUGCAACUGUAAACCCCUAAUGUAGGUACAUAAAGUUGUUGUCUGCUGUAAUAUAAAUAUAUAUAGUAGUCAGUGCAUGCUUGCCCACUGAGAUGCUUAUUUACACAAUUUAAAGCCAUAAAAUAAUUCUGCACUACAUGAAGGUAUAUCCCACAUUUAAAAGAAAUUUGAUUAUCAAAGAUUUAAGUCUGCUGAUAACAAAUUCCUCCCACUUUCAGGGACAUCUGAGCCUAAAAAUCUUGUGUUGCCAUGGAUGCGGUCAAAAAGCUUUAAUCUACAAGGUUAAACAAUGUUAAUUCAGAGAAUUUGUGCCAAUGAAUUUAUGCCAAAUGACCUGCUGGCAUGUUUUUUCGUGUACUUUUGAAGGCUGUGACUGGAAUCUUUAAGUGAAGAAGCUGCAGUGAGGGAUUCUCAGGCCUCCAAGAGCAUAAGACACGUUUGAGUGUUCACGUAAAAAGAGGGACGUUUGUCAUGCAACUGCGUCUCCUGAAGGCCUUCACAGCCUGUCUCCUCAAACUCUGGAUUUGUAAGUUUCCUCUUGGGAAGAAAAAGCUGUGUUUAGAUGCAGCAGGUGGAAAAACUAUGCAAACCUCUCCAUCUGCAGCCUCCUAAAAUGUGAAAAAUAAACUGUUUCAUUGGUGUUCAGCUUCAAACCAGUUCAGGCACUCCAGAGGCAGCAGUGACAUGAAUGCAGUAGCUGUUGGCUGCCCCCCCCCCCCCCCCCCCCAUUGUUUUUAAGCACUAAGGUUGCAAACAACUGCACAUUUGAACGCGAGAGGUCCCAUGUACAAGUAUGUGAAAUCUGCCCCGUUGCUUCUCCUUUACCUCUGAACUUAAAGCACUUUGUGAAGCCUGAGGUUCAGUCUCAUUAAUCUUAUUUUCCCUUUUACUGCUUUUUGUUAAACAUUCUUAAAAAAUGUUUACAUUAUUGAUGACAUAACUCACCAUGAACUCAUGCUCACUCCUAUGCAUUUAAACCAUGUGGAAUGAAUAAAUUAUGGACUAAAAAACA